AUGUCUGCCGCUCACCAAGAUACAGGAGUAGCUAAGAAGAGCACUCCGGAGUCGUUACAUACAGCCUCACCCGAAAUCAGCCCACCCUCCAAAGCCAUUAUGCCGCGCAACCUGGUCAUAGCAAGGGCUGAGCUCGACAAAGCACGACGUAUCUCGAUGGAGCUGCGGGCAACAUUCGAGGCUUUAAAGCGCAAAGUGGAGCCAGAGGUUGCGCCGGACCAGGAGCAGCCGGAAAUAGAUCGCAAUGAGGGCUUUGAGUUGGCAUCCCUUGGUAUGGAGUUGGCUUGGAAGGACCAAGAGUCGCUUACGCUUGAGGGAAACGUUGUGGACGAAGAGGAAAAAGCCGGUAUUCUGGAUCCGAAGUCUGCGGAGAAACGUCGCCGAGAACUGAACUGGCGCUCCCUUUCUGCCGGAGACCAACUAUGGAUACACAAAAGGAAGAAGAUGCGAUUCGAAGAUCCUGGAACAGUCCGGGUGAUAAAUCCAUUUAGCGGUGGCAUUUCUGAGUUGCUUUUGACUCUUUAUAAGCAAUGCGAUGGGCAGGAGAAAUACAAGAAAAAACGCGACCCGAAUUGGCGCCGGAACGCUUUAGCCUACUACGCAGGCAAUAGCAAUGACCACAAAGACGCCCCUCCUAACAACUCUUGGUGCCAGAUAACCGGCAGGUGGCAUCAAUCAGAUUAUCAUAAAGCUGCACACAUCGUGCCCUUUUUGCUUGACGACCACGGCUUCGGUGAAUUGCUAUUUGGUGACCGAGCCCAAUCACUUCAACGAGCGGGAAAUGCACUUCUUUUGUCGGACCGCGUUAAGAGGUGGUUCGACAGCUAUCACAUCGUAGUUGUCCCGGUCAAUGCGAUGGAAACACCCAUAACGCGAUGGCGCACGGAGGUCAUUUCCCCUGAUAUCCGGAACCACGAACUAUUCCCGGGUUUUUUUGGCAAGGAACUCGAUAAAAAGGAAUUGGUGUUUCUCAACGAGAAGCGUCCAGUCUCACGCUUUCUCUACUUCCAUUUCAUCAUGGCGCUCAUUCGCAUCAAGGACCUCAAACGUCGCGGGUGGCAGGAUGUCUGGGCCCGGUACUACCAUCUACGCCCUUUCGGAACACCAGGAAAUUAUAUGCGAAAGAGCAUUUUGAUCGCCCUUGCUACUCAUCACGGAACUGUCGGCCUAAGUGACGUGGAGGCUUACCUCGCAGAACACGGCUUCGAUUCACCCAUAAAUCUUACCGAUGAUGAGACUACAGAAGCUGCCCGUCGAGUUUACAUGGCAGUAGAGGCAGCCAUUAAACGUGCAGAGAGCGAGGAGGGCGAGGAGAGUGAGGAGGAGCCCGGGGAGGAACCAGAGGAGAGCGAGGAGGAACCCGAGGAGCGCGAAAAGGAGCGCGAGAAUGAGAGCGAGAAGGAUUAA